UUUGGAAAUAUAAAAACAUAUUAAUUGAAUCAUUAAGAUAUGAAUUAAAUCUUUGCGAUUCAAAUCAGAAAUUGAUUUAAUUCCAAAUGUAUUAGUGUGCUAUUAAUUAAUUGAAAUCCUUAAUUCAAAAAAAUUUAUAUUAAGGAAAAGUAAUCUUUAGUUUAAUAUUGGGAUUAUAACACAAACUUUAAAGAUCUUUUUAAAUCAAUAAUAUCAUUUAUAUGGUUAAAUUCAACAUGCGAUCUCAAACUUACCCUAAAGACAACAAGAGCAAUCCAUGUAUAUAAUUAUUUUGAAUUUAGAAUCUCGAGACACCAUAGAAAGCCUUGACUAAUGUGUUAUAACAAUAGACAAAGGAGGUCCUCAUCAAGAAAACUGCGCCAUUUGCUAUAAAAAACUUUGCUCUAAAUGCUUUAAACAAUUAGAACUCUUCUCCUCGAAAAGAACUUAGGCUUUUUAAUGCCCACAUUGUGAAGAAUUAAAGGAAUUGAAAAAUACUAUCCUAUGCCUUGUGGUGAACACUCUCUAAUUGAUUCUCUUCCUAUCUAUCUUACCAAUUGUGGCAUUUGCACUUGCUCUCACUAGAACUGAAAAGCUUAUACAAGAAAUAGAAGCGAAAAUAGAGAGCAUUUGCAUAAUUUUGAUUGUUAACUUGCUUUUGAGCAUACCUAUAUAUAUUGGAGAACUUAUAAUUUGUAUUUUCAUUGCUCCUUUCAAAAUUAUCCUUGGAUUUCAAGCAGCAAUGAGUCAAAGAGACUUAAUAAUUCUGAAAAGAGUCUUCUCAUAAUAAUGAAAUUUUGUUUUAUAUGUGC